AUGGCGACACAGCUUAACCCAUCCUAUACAAAGCCGCAGUUCACAAAUCCCUGGAGGAGUCCCUCAUCAAAGACGUCUAGUCAAUCGGAUGAAAUACCUGAUGGGCGCAUUGCACACACAUUGACUGCCUGUACUAGAUGCAGACAACGCAAAUCUAGAUGUGAUCCCGGGAUACCGCGAUGCUCCCCCUGUGAACGCAGCAAUGCAAAAUGUGUGUACUUCGAUUCCGCCCGAAAGUGUACCAUACCAAGGACAUACAUCGUUUCGCUACGUGAGAAAGCCCGUAUGUUGGAAAGGGAGCUGGAAGAGGCCGAGAAGGAAUUCCAGCAUGCAGCCGAUGCAGAAUUAAUGGUUCGCGGGGCUGGUCGCAUUCGGUUUAAGGAAAAUGACGAUCCAAGAUUUUUAGGACCGUCGAGUGGCAUUGCGAUUACUCGCUUAGUUAUGGAGAUGGCCAAACAAAAUACAGACUCAAAGAGCAUCAAGGAUGUUGUACCCGAAUUAACGGCACACGAAAUAAAGCAAGCGUUCGAGCAGGAAAGCUCGAAGCCAACAUCAAAAGUUUAUCCCAUCAUUAGCUCAAACCCGCAGCCGAGCCUCCCAGCGAAGCAUGUCACCUACAGACUUAUUGAUGUAUUUGUGGUCAAAGGUAUCCCAUUGCCCGUCAAAUUUAUUGUUGGCCUUCCCUACUUAUCUUCCCAUCUAAACUGCUUGUUGCGUGCUGACAUCUCGCUAGCACAAGCGAUGCUCCCAACACUGCACGAGCCUACAUUUCGCCAGGAUGUCGAAGAUGUUUUCAACGGUUCUAACGAUCCGUGCAAGAAUUUCCAACUACGAAUGGUGAUUGCUAUCAGAUUAGCCGACGGCUAUUACCUUGCUGCGUUACCCUUUCUAGAAGCCUCUCUGAGGCGGAUGGACCUCAGAGCUUUGCAGUGUCUAGUUUUGAUCGGCCAAUAUUCUUUGCUAACCCCGACAAGAACCGCCGCGUACUGGGUCGUUGGGAUAGCCGUCAAAUUAUGCCAAGAUCUGGGUCUCACUGAUGAAGCCACAAUCACUAAGUCGCCCAGCGGCGAACUGUUCAAUCCCUUGGAAAUAGAAAUGCGGAGGAGGCUCUUUUGGAUCGUCACCUCCAUGGAAUUUGGGCUAUCUCAUAGUCUUGGACGGCCCAGUUGCUAUUCUGUCAACCACGACCAUAUCCGUGUCAAGUUCUUUGAACUGAUAGAUGACAAGUUCAUUACACCAGACGGAAUCCUUCCGGGAGGGAAACCAAUACUACCUAAGUGUAUCGCGAUACACUUCUUCAAGAUGCGACUACUACAGCUGGAGAUAAGACGAACUCUCUAUCUCAAUAAGCGCGAUGCUCCUGUUGACGAUCAAGACCCAUGGUUUCAGCAAAUGCUCAAUAAACUUGAUUAUUGGGUAGCCUCUUGUCCAAAAAAACACGGAGGAAGUGGCUUGAGUGAGAAGUGGUUUCAUGGCAGGCGGAAUACUAUGAUUGUUUUCAUGUUUCGCCCCUCCCCUCAGGUACCGGAGCCUUCUGUUAGCGCUGCGCAGAAAUGCUACGAGGCUUCCGUCUUCAAUGUGGCAAUGCAACGAGAGCAAACUGCGAACCAAUCGGUCGAUCUAACCUGGAUCUUCACUCAAUCCCUUUUUAUGGCGCUGAACACUAUCCUUUGGUCUCUGUCAUACCCUGAGAUUCGAAGGGAGCAUCCCGUAGAUGAAGUUAAGCGCCACCUUGACGUAGCGUUAGAGGCCAUCGUGGUUGCUGCAGAGAGAUGGCCCGGCGUUGCAUCGGCGUUACUCCUAUAUAAGAGCUUAGUCGCGGCAUGUCUCAAAGCAUACAACACUGACGAAUCAUUUGUCGUUCAAUCUCCGUCCAAUCAUACAACACCAGCAUCGUCGCAGGAAGUUGCAACACCACCAUCCAUGUCAAGUCCUGCAAGCACCACAAUGUCAAUCCCUUCCCGGAAUAUCCGGGGUAUGAAUGCCUCAGUCCCUGACAGUUUGUCUUCGGGCACGUUGUCAAGAGGGCAUUCUGCAGAUCCGACGUUCCCAUUCUCAACCACGUCGCCUCCUUCGGAACCAAUAAAAGUGGCUCCGUAUCCGCUGUGGGAUCCUCAAGUGCAGCCGCAAGAGCUGACUUCCUCAAGUGUAACCCCGACCCCAUAUACCACCUCAUCGUUCGAUCCUACGAUUGUCGCUUGCUCUGACGGACGGUUUGAUCCAACCACGCCCUAUAACCAGUUUCCUUCCAUUGUGCCUGGUUUGCAAGGCUGGGAUCCUGAUUUUACCCUUGCCUCUACGACGGCAAGCCACCUUGCGUAUGUGGAAGCGACUGUUGAUCCGAUGAACUGGAUGGACUCUAUUGGUAAUCAGUACUCGCAAUAUUUCAAUGGGGCAUACCCUAUCCCAUCGUGGCGCGAGCGGACGCUCAGCCAACAAGACCAGAUUGAGCUGAUGACGAAGUUGGAAGAGAACAUUCCUGAUGUUUCUGCCCAACUUGUGCGGGAAUCUGCAACGUUUUACCAGUCCUAA